AUGAGUUCCUGGCUACCGGAGUUCGAUGGCCCUCGGAAAGAGAUCGACUAUGAGAACGAGAACAUACCAUAUCUCAAGCGCCAGGAAAGGAUUGGAAAAGACGAUGACUGGAAAGAGGUUUUUCUAGUUGACCCGGAUGACAACGACAGUUUUCAGUUCCCGGUCGAACAGUGCAAAAACUUUUUGGACGGCACGACUGGAAUUUCCAUUCGACCUGAUGAUGCAGAAGAUGGGAGCACUCCAUAUUAUAAUGCGUGGCUGGACGACCGCAGCCGUGAGGGUGGCGCAAGAGUGUAUCGCAAUCCCUUCACAGCAGAGGAGCUCAAAAAGAAACUAUUAAAGUCGCGAUAUCGACCUAAAACGCCCGGCACAUGGGCUCAAGUCUUCAAAGCUGUGGUGCGAGCAAAUGCUUCAGCGCUUGAUAGAUCUGUCGCUGCAAAUCACGCGAGUGAUCUGGAGACUAUGAAUACAAACACCGUGGUUCGGGCCUCGACGGGAGCGUCGUUCGCGACCUGUCUGCAGCCGGUUGGUGAAACGAUACCGAAUGUGCGCCACCUUGCACGUACCUGGAGGGUAGGUUUGAGAUGGGGAUCAACGCUAGACAACGAGCCAGAUGCAGCAAGGCGGUUGCUAUUCAUCACGGACUUGGAUUCGGAAACCGCCACUGUUCUUAUGCAAACUGCAUCAAACCAUCAAACCAGGCCUCUCCGUCACGCUCUUCUCGACCACAUUACUAGCAACGAUGCUCACAUCAGUGUGAAGGUCCCAUCAAAAUCUCCUUCUACCUUUGAACUGGCAUUCAACAUACCGUUCUAUGCCUGGAGAGACACUUACCGCGAAGACCAUCGCAAAUGGGCACACAGUAGACAACCGUUGCGAGAGACAGUGGAUGUGUCCUUUCUCAAUCAGCAUCAUGGAGAAGUCCUCUGCAAAGCGGUACUUACGGCUAUGAUUUCCGGGUCUGACAUUGAGCAUUGGACUGCCUACCUCUUCGCCGAUACCUACUUUGAUGCCCAAGAUGCCGGCAGAGAAACCGUGCUCGAGUACCGGAAGGAUAAGGAGUCUGAGGAGGGAAUGAACGCAGACCCUUUGACCUACGGCGAAAUCGAUGCUGAUCUUCCAUUCUGGGACCCAAGAAAAUACUUCUUGAUCAUGGCCAGAUACAGACUUCAGCAAGUAGCCAAAGAAUGGACUCAGGUGGUGGCGAGAUUCGGCACAAGCUUUGCUGACUUCCAGAAGUCACACGGCGGCUUCUUGUCACAACCGACGCAUUGCCGAGACCACCGCGACCAGCUUCAGCGUAACUAUGACUGGGUCAUGCGAACGAACGGGAUAUCAAAGGACUUGGAGGAGACGUUGGCGGCGACGGUGGAUGCAAUUGCAGCCAUGCUCAAACAUGCUGCUUUCUUCGGAGAAGAGACGGGCCUAUUGUCUGAGAUCGAAGCCCUCUUUGAUCUUUUUAAGCGACAGCAGAAGAAGAUUGAACGACUUUGUGUCAAGUGCAAAGCACUUUCUCAGAAGGUAAGGCAAGCCUCUCUCGCUGUCCGGGAAACUACUUGCGGGCUCACUCAUUGCUAA